GAAAGAGGAGUGGGAGAGAAAUCUCUGCUCCGCCGCAGAGAGAAGCAGGAAAAAGCGUGUGUGGCUCCGCAAAGUAGCGAACGAUAACGAUCGAGAAAAAUCGUAAGGAGUGCACUGAAGUCACGCGUGGGAGCGGAAGCGUGGACGAGGAAAAAGUGAAAGGUUGUGGCGGAAGUACUUUCCCUCGCCCUGCAUUCCGUCGGGGGUCUUUUAAUGCCCCGAAUUCGUCACGCGUGGAAGAGAAGCGAAGAGUGAAGAAGAAGAAGUUCCACGGCGUGAAUAACACUCCUCGUCGCCCUUUUGGUGCUUUGUCCUCUCCCCCUUCCUGGCCCUGCAUGGACGGGGAUGGGGAGAGCCGGAUGCUGUUCCAGCGGGGCUGAGCGCCUCGCCUCCCCGUCUCUGGCGCGCUGCUUCCGGCCACUGCUGGUGCUGAUCAUCGCUCUGACCUCCGCCGGCCGCAUAGGUCAGUGUCAGGUGAUCACUCCUCAGUGUCGCAUCCAAAAGUGCACCACCGACUUUGUCUCCCUGACCUCUCACCUCACGCCGGCCGUGGAUGACUUCCAUGUUGAAUUUUGCAAAGCCUUGCGUGCGUACUCGGCCUGCACCCAGAGGACAGCCAAGUCCUGCAGGGGCAAUCUGGUCUUCCACUCGGCCGUGCUGGGCAUCUCAGACCUAAUGAGCCAGAGGAACUGCUCCAGAGACGGCCCCACGUCCUCGACGCACCCCGAGGUCCACCAUGAGCCGUGUAACUACUACAGCCGCACCCAGCACGCGCACACACACGCCCACUCGCACGGCCACAAUAUCUCCCGGGCCGGAUUCCUGUUCUGCGGCCUGUUCGGGGAUCCCCACCUAAGGACGUUCAAGGACAGCUUCCAGACUUGCAAGGUGGAGGGGGCGUGGCCUCUCAUCGAUAAUACCUAUCUGUCGGUUCAGGUCACCAACGUUCCAGUCGUCACGGGGUCCAGCGCCACGGCAACAAACAAGAUCACCGUUAUCUUCAAGCCGUACGAGGGCUGCACAGAGCAGAGGGUCUACCAGGCCGUAACAGACAACAUUCCUGCCGCCUUCGACGACGGCACAGUGAGCAGCGGCGACCCCAUCCACGUGUCCGCGGGGGCCGACGGCGCCAGCGGGAAAGUGAGGGCCCUGUGGAUCUCAGAGCGCAGCCCGGGCCACCACGUGGAGCUGCACGCCGGCUACAUCGGCGUCACGGUGAUCGUCCGACAGCUGGGCCGCUAUCUGACCCUGGCGGUGCGGAUCCCGGAGGAGAUGGCUCACGCCUACGACGACACGCAGGACCUGCAGCUGUGUCUGAACGGCUGCCCCAGAGGGGAGCGCAUCGACCAGGGCGGCCACUUGCCCCUGUCCCCACCCUCAGUCGGGCUGCAGCUCCAGCGCCCGCACGGGCCGAGAUACUCCACCCAGAUCCAGUUAUCCUCCCACGACGGCAGGCAAAUCUUCACCACGGACGCCGCUAAGGAUCGCUGUCGGGAGCAGCUGGAGGUGCAGGACAUUUACUUCCACUCCUGCGUGUUCGAUCUCCUCACCACGGGGGACGCUAACUUCACAGUGGCAGCGUACAGCGCCCAGAAGGACAUGGAGAGUCUUCACCCGCACAGGGACAGGUGGAGGAUCUACCCCAGAGGUUCCUCCACCUCCACCUUGCACCCUCAUGGUCGACCUUUGCGACUCUUCACUUUGCUCCUGCUGUGUGCUCUCAGCGCUCUGUAGGAGUCCUUUUGCCCGCCUGUACAGAACGUGCACUAGAGACUAGUUUUUGACUCAGCACUGAUGUUGACGACUGCUUCCUCUCUCAACAGGAAGUCAGACGAUUACUGGGACUAUUUUGUACUGGUAAACACUUUCUUUAUCUUUAGAUCAGAUGCCAGUGACUUAAAUGUUGCUGUGUAGGUAUGUAAAUACUUUAAUACUGGCGGCCCCCGGAAUGACACCAUACCGGCACCACGAGUUCAGUUCAAACCGCGGGAGACAAAUUCCUAAAAACACAAGAAUCGAGGAACUUGGACCACCAUAAAGACAUUGGCAGGUCCUCGCAUUGAAAUGUUAACCUUGCUAGCAAACAUGGAGCACUCGGGUCCAAACUUAUGAGAUCCAUAACUGAGGCGUUCCUCAAGGCACCUCUUUAAGUCCUCUCCUUUUUUGGCAGGUACAAUUAUUUUCAUAAUGUGAUUUAUGUAACUCGGGUGUUGAUGUAACUUAUUUACUUCAGAUGCCGUCAGGAGUCAUUUGUUGGAACUUCUUUUCCCAUUCUAGCGGUGUUCCUCAAGGUUCCAUUUUAGGUCCUCUCUUUUUCAUCAUUUGGGCUAUUCAACUGGCUGACUGCCUGUGAGUUAAGUUCAAAACCUGGGAGACAAACAUGUUUGCAGCAAAUUCCUAAAAACACUAGAGUGCUCCUGUUGUGUAGAGGAACUUGGCCCACUGUAAACACACUGGCAGAUCCUUGCAUUGACAUUUCUUGCUAGCAAACAUAGAACGCGGGUCCAAACUUGUGAUUUACACAACUGAGGCGUUCCUCAAGGCACCCCUUUAGGGCCUCUACUUUUUGGCGAUUUGGUUUUUCGUGACGUGAUUUAUGUAACUGAGUUGAUACUGUAGCUUGUUCACUUCAAAUGCAGUCAGUAGUCAAUUGUUCAACUUCUUUAGUUAGAUUAGUGGUGUUCCUCAAGGUUCCAUUUUAGGUCCCCUCUUUUUUUUAUCAUUUGGGCUAUUCAACUGGCUGCCUGCGAGUUCAGUUCAAGACUUGGGAGACAAACAUUUUUGCAGCAAAUUCUUUAAAACACUAAAGUGCUGCUGUUGAAUAGAGGAACUUGGACCGCUGUGAACACAUUGGCAGAUCCAUGCAUUAACAUUUUAACCUUGCUAGCAAACAUAGAACACCGGGGUCCAAUCUUGUGAUUUACAUACCUGAGGCGUUCCUCAAAGCACCCCUUUAAAGCCUCUACUUUUGGGCGAUUUGGUUUUUCGUGACGUGAUUUAUGUAAAUGAGUUGAUACUGUAGCUUGUUCACUUCAGAUGCAGUCAGUAGUCAAUUGUUCAACUUCUUUAAUUAGAUUAGUGGUGUUCCUCAUGGUUCCAUUUUAGGUCCCCUCUUUUUUUUUUAAUCAUUUGGGCUAUUCAACUGGCAGCCUGCGAGUUCUGUUCAAGACUUGGAAGACAAACAUUUUUGCAGCAAAUUCCUAAAAACACUAGAGUGCUGCUGUUGUGUAGAGGAACUUGGGGGCAGAUCCAUGCAUUGACAUUUUAACCUUGCGAGCAAACAUAGAACACCGUGGUCCAAACUUGUGAUUUACAUAACUGAGGCAUUCCUCAAGGCACCCCUUUAAGGCCUCUACUUUUUGGCGAUCUGGUUUUUCGUGACUAAGGUGUUGCUGUAGCUUGUUUACUUCAGAUGCAGUCAGUAGUCAAGUGUUCAACUUCUUUAGUUAGAUUAGGGGUGUUCCUCAAGGUUCAAUUUUAGGUACCCUCUUUUUUUUUAAUCAUUUGGGCUAUUCUAUGGUGGCCAAUGGAAUUUGGUUCAGACUCACAUUUUUGCAGCAAACUCUUAAAAACACUAGAGUGCUGUGUCAGAGAGAUGAUAUUUGACUAGCACAGGGGUCGGCAACCCAAAAUGUUGAAAGAGCCAUAUUGGAGCAAAAAUACAAAAACAAAUCUGUCUGGAGCCGCAACAAAUUAAAAGCCAUAUUACAUACAGAUAGUGUGUCAUGAGAUAUACAUUGAAUUGAGAUGACUUAAAGGAAACUAAAUGAGCUCAAAUAUAGCUACAAAUGAGGCAUAAUGAUGCAAUAUGUACAUAUAGCUAGCCUAAAUAGCAUGUUAGCAUCGAUUAGCUUGCAGUCAUGCAGUGACCAAAUAUGUCUGACUAGCACUCCACACAAGUCAAUAACACCAACAAAACUCACCUUUGUGCAUUCACGCACAACGUUAAAAGUUUGGUGGACAAAAUGAGACAGAAAAAGAAGUGGCAUAAAACCCGUCCUAGAAAGUCGGAGAAAGUUAUACAUGUAAACAAACUAAGGUGAGUUCAAGGACCGCCAAAAUUAGUAGGACAAAAUGGCGCUCGCCAAAUACUCGAAUCAGUGAAGCAUGUUUAAUACAAACAGUGUGAUUUAUAACAAUUAGGGAGGUUUGUGUCAUGUUUGUCCUCCUACAGAAACCAUAUUGAAACAAUUUUUUUUUUUUUUCCCCCUCAUUUUUUCCAUUUUUCAUACAUUUUUGAAAAAGCUUCAGAGAGCCACUAGGGCGGCGCUAAAGAGCCGCGGGUUGCCGAUCCCUGGACUAGCAGAAGGUCCUUAAAACUCCUGUAACUGACAAAAUAAAUAGACCCCAAAAAAUGUACUUUUUAGAGCAGUGGUCCCCAACCACCGGGCCUCGGCCCGGUACCGGUCCGCACAAGAAAUUAAAAAAAAGUUGUUUUAAAUUUUUUUAUUAAAUCAACAUAAAAAACACAAUAUAUGCAUUAUAUAUCAAUAUAUAUCAAUACAGUUUGCAGGGAUACACUCCGUAAGCACACAUGAUUGUAUUUCUUUAUGACAAAAAAAACAACCAAAAACC